GUCGCCGCCUCCGCCAGUGUGCGGCAACUCACCGGCCGAGUAGGACGUGUCAGCAGUGAGUCAGGGUCAGGCCCCACGUCGGCGCCCGGUGUGGGCUGCACAGUGGUGACUUUUACCGCAUCUGCUGGUGAAGAAUUGUGGCAGUGGGAGGUGCAGUGCGGAAACUUUGAUCGGCUGUUACAUUUUGGCAUAAUUGGUGUGCCUGAGCCGUCGUUUUUGUCGUAACGUUUCUGAGUAAUCGUGGUUGGCACUGCCGAAUUUCAGCAAGACAAAUUGUUUUCAUUAUAGCGAGCUUUAGUGUCAUAGCUCGCGGCUUGUGACUGGCGGAUUUUAGCGCCGUCGUUACGGGUCGUGACGGUUCAGCCGUGACGGGGCGCGGCCCCGUCACUGUCACCAUGGGAGAGAGGAAGCGCGAGACGCCCAAACCGCACCAGAAGCUCAGCCGGCACCACCACAGUGUGGAUGACAUCAACCGGCUGCAGGUCUCGGCGCUGACCUCCGCAGCUGCCGGUGCGGGCGGCGGGGAUGGCGGGGGCGUGGUGGAGCGUGAGCGGGACAGGGACAAUGUCCCGGACAAUACCCAGGACACCACCCGUGACCGGGAGAGACAGUCAGCCUUCCUGAACCGGGACACAGCCGGCAAACCGAACCGGUUCGGCUGGCGCAGCUGGAGCAGCCACCGUCUCUCGGACCUCAGCGCUAGGAAGGUGCUUGACUGGCUGCGGGAGCCCUCCUCCAACAAGGGCAACUCUCGGGUGACCACCGUAGUGGCCACGCCGGGUCAGGGCUCUGAUCGAACCCAGCAGGUCUCCUAUUCAGACUCAAAGAUAAUUGGUAACGGCAACUUUGGCGUGGUGUACCAGGCUAAGCUGUGCGAUUCUGGGGAACAAAUCGCCAUCAAGAAGGUUCUACAAGACAAACGAUUUAAGAACCGUGAGCUACAGAUAAUGAGGAAGCUGGGACACUGCAACGUAGUCAUGCUGAAGUACUUCUUCUACUCGAGUGGCGACCAGUCUGAGGAGGUCUACUUGAACCUGGUGCUCGAGUACCUCCCUGAGACGGUACACAAGCUGGCACGUCGCUACAAGAGCAACCGCCAGACCAUCCCCAUCAGCUUCAUCAAGCUCUACAUGUACCAGCUGUUCCGAGCGCUCGGCUACAUCCACUCUCUGGGUGUCUGCCACCGGGACAUCAAGCCGCCCAACCUGCUGGUCGAUCCGGAGACCGGGGUGCUGAAGCUGAUCGACUUCGGCAGCGCCAAGGUGCUGUCGGCAGGCGAGGUCAACGUGGCCUACAUCUGCUCCCGCUACUACAGGGCGCCAGAGCUGAUCUUCGGGGCGACCGACUACACUACCAGCAUCGACGUGUGGAGCGCCGGCUGCGUGCUGGCCGAGCUGCUGCUGGGCCGUCCGAUUUUCGCCGGCGACAACAGCGUCAAUCAGCUGGUGGAGGUGAUCCGCCAGCUAGGGACGCCCACCCGGGAGCAGCUGGCUCAGAUGAACCCCAACUACAAGGACACCCGCUUCCCGGAGAUGCGCGCACGGCCCUGGCACAAGCUGUUCCGGGCCAUGACCCCUCCCGAGGCAAUCGACCUGGUCUCUCAGCUGCUGCAGUUCACGCCGCAGGCGCGGCUGAGCCCUCAGCAGGCCUGCUGUCACCCGUUCUUCUCGCAACUUAGAGACCCGCAGGCGCGGCUGCCCAACGGCCGACCACUGCCGCCACUCUUCGACCUCACUGAGCACGAGCUGAGCAUCGCUCCGUCGCUGAACGGCACCCUGAUGCCGGCCCACGCUCGUCGCUCCCCGGCGGCUCCCUCCUCCUCCGUGAACCCGCCGGCUCUGGUCGUCUCCCCGCCGUCAGCGAACGGCUCCUCCGGAGCGUCUCGUGCCGUCUCCGGGGCGUCUCGUGCCGUCUCCGGAGCGUCUCGUACCGUCUCCGGGGCGGCCCGUAACGCCUCCCCAAAGUCAUCGACGGCCUCCUCAAAAGGAGCCGAUCGGAGGUCUCUGUUGGUUUCCAGCGCGGUUUCCAAGAAACCAGCAGUUUGCUCCAAGUCUGCGUCGGUUACUGAUGCGCCCAAAGCAAUCCGUCCCAAGAGUCUGGCGGUUACUGACGCGCCCCCAGCAGUCUGUUCCAAGUCCACCCUCGUCUCCCAGUCUGCUCAAAGCGCGGUGGGGCCGGUGCCGGAGCAACUAGCCACCUGAAGAUGGACGAAACAACCUCCAGAUGGGAGACUUUGUCUGUGAUGGAAUCCAGACGAGCGGACAGCGCCCUCUACUCUGGCGUACACAGGAGCGACUGAGAUCGUCACGGUCUUAGAGAUUCCACCGUGGGUCACAAGAAAACAGAGGGCAGAGUGAGUGCAGAGGUCACCAGAGGUCAUCAUAUGCUUCCAGAGGUCAACACAGGUCACCAGAAGUUAUCGCUGGUCGUUACGGAUCUUCAGAUGCCAGGCUACUCUGAAUGGGGAUGUGACGCAUUAUUCCGCCUCCGGUGCCACCAGUGAACUUUGUAGGUAUGGGUGCCUCGCGAAGUUUAUCCCGCUGUUCGUGCGUUGGAAUAACAGCGUCACCUGCGGAAUUGAUAAGUAUGAAGUGUAGAGACCUCGAUCUAACUAGUCUGGUCUGGUCUGGUCUAGUCUGGUUCGGUCUGUUCAUGUUUGCUCCGACUUGCUGGUGGUCUGGUUUGGUCUAGUCUAGUAGGUCUAGUCCGAUAUAGUCUGAACGGAUCGAUUGCAUUCAGCCAUCUGCCUGUUUGAACUGAGACGAACUGUGUCAUAAGCCGGUGCUCCACAGCCGUCCACUUCAAUAUAUCGUCCCCAUAGCCGGGGGAGCAGUGCUGCGUUCGAUCAGGCGGGGCUAACACAUGUCCCUUUAUCCGCCCAAGGUCUGUUGUCCGAGGUAUGCCCUGAGUGAGAUGCAGUCUCGGUAGCCGAUAGGAAGCUCACUUAACUGCACUGUUAGCUGUGCAAUUGUACCGUUUAGCAGGUGCUCGCUGUCGAGAUGGGCAUCGAUUUAUAGCUCCUCUGAUACGUCCUGCCUGGCUUCCCGAUGUGACACGGUAUUGAAGUUUAUUUUCCUCAGUCACAGUCCGUUUUGUGAGCGCGUAUUGUCGUUUGUUGUCAGAGUUUAUUGUUUAGCGCUCCACUUCGAUGUAGCAUGGUGAUGCGCUGUUCAUCAUGAUAUGUAUGGGAGAUGCUGCUUUGCCGGUAGUGUUUUAGCUAAAAAUAACUUAAAUCGCUUAUUUGUAAAAUGGACAAUGAAAUGAUGUUUCAUGGAACAAAAUGCGCCAAUGUCAUGUAUAAUGUAUGUAAUAAUAUAAUCACUAACACCCGAGGUUUCAUGGCCGGUCUGUAUAUGACAAAUGGAGCACCAAUGAUAUUCAUUUGAUCAAUAAAACAGACCUUCG